AAUGGGUUAAUCACAGUCAUAGAGGUUAUAUUAAGAGGUCAGUGAAGUCUUCUACCACUUGAUUCCUCCCCACUCUUGAUCCAGGAAAACAAAUCCUGAAGAAACUGAAGAAAAAACAACUAGAAUUAGCAAAUUGCAUAAACAUAACUCAACAAAAUGUACAACAAUCUAGCAAGAAGUUAUUGGCUCUUUUGUGUUACAAAGUGGAGUAGCAUCUCCUCCUCCACACCUUUUCCUGGAAAGUGUAGCCUAACAUCAUAAUAAAGCACAGAUACAUCUGUGUUUAAAGUAGUCAAGCACUGCAGUAUGUAUAGGACAUGUUUGUACUAUUGUUUAUAUAUCCUGCAAAUUUUACAAAACUCACUCACCUGGAUUUUCAGUCUCAGAUUGCUUUGUUCCGUGUUUCACAACCAGAACCCUAAACCCUAGCUGUAGUUUCCAUUCGGAAUUUUAUUCUGACGCACCGUCACAAGAAUAACCGGUGUUUGGGUAAGGUGAAUAUUUACAUUAGCGGUAGGUUUGAAUUACCAGGUUAGCAAACAUUGCCCUCUUUGUGAAAACGGGUAUCGUUUAAACAUACUAACAUCGCAUGUUAGAAUGUAAAACACAGUCGGGUUUUCUUGCUAAAAUCACAGUCUUCACCUUCAACCACCGGCAUGAACUAGCUAGCUAAGUUAGCUAGCUGCUAUGAGCAUAUUCAUUGAGUAGUGUUACGUUAGCCAGCCAGUUAGCUAGCUAAUUUGUUGUAUCACUCAUGCUGGCUCAGUAAGUUAGAUAAUAUGUUAGGCAACUUGCGAACUUUGUACAUAAGUUAAAGUAACAGGAUAAUUAACUUGCAAACUGCACUAUUACCCUCAAGUCCAAAGAUCAAGUCAGGUGACAGACAGACUGUUUGCUGAAAUUCCAGAGCUACUUCACUGUCUCUGACUUGAAGCAAAAACCAUCACUGUGGUCACACCACAAACUGAAUAUAUUCUGUGCCACUGCCUGUCUCUGAAUGUUUUGUUCUUUCAAAAUAAAAAGCGUGGCAUAGCAAGAUAUUUGCCAGCAGGCUAGCCUGCACAGUAUUCAUAGAGGUGUCACUGUGGAUAAAGGCUAACUGCAAGCCUGUCCGAAGUACAGUCAUAUCACCAUAGCAGGUAUAGCGCCUAUUCUUAUGAAAACAAUUUCACUUAGCCUAUGUUAAUUAUGAAUCUCUCUCAAAAUGAACAGGUAUUCCAUUGUAACCAUCGUGUGGCUUGACAUCAUGAAUAUGGACUUUUUAUGAGGAUAACACUGGUAGCUUUGAGCAGCAUAGUCUCCCAUCAUGUUGUCAGGGGCAGUAUGUCACUCAGUCCCUCUGUGGUGCUCUGCCUUGGCUGCUGGCUGCUUACAGUGUGAGGCAGGGCCAGGGAGAUGGCUGCUGGGAGGGGUCCUGAGGAGAGCCUACACCUCCACCAGAGCAAGGCAGGCUACAGCAGGGGACAGUGGCCCUGUGUUUUCCAGAGCCCCAGCGUACAGGGACAAGCUGGCCAUAGUGGAUGACAGUGGAAGCCACAGCUACAGGGACUUGUAUGGCAGUAGUAGGGGCCUGGCUGGGCGUAUCAAGGCAGCUCUGGACUGUCCCUCAGGGGACCUGCAUGGGAAGCGCAUCACCUUCCUGUGUGCCAACGAUGCCUCGUACACGGUGGCCCAGUGGGCGUCCUGGAUGUGUGGCGGCACGGCCGUGCCUCUCUACAGGAAGCACCCUCUAUCUGAGCUGGAGUACAUCAUCUCUGACUCCCAGAGCUCCCUGCUUGUGGCUGGGCAGCCGUACGCAGACACCCUGGAGCCCCUGGCCCACAGACUGGGGCUGCCCUACCUGCAGCUGCCCCCCACCUCCAGCCUCAGCUCCCUGCUGGAAGCCCCAGAGACCCAGCCUGAGCCUGGCAUCACAGACUGGGCCCAGCGUCCUGCCAUGAUCAUCUACACCAGCGGCACCACAGGCAGGCCCAAAGGGGUUCUCCACACUCACAGCAACAUCCAGGCCAUGGUAAAUUGGAUUAUUCAGUUGUUAUGUGCAUGAAUUGUGAGCAUAAGAUGAAUACUAGUGUUAUUCUGUACACUGCUUUUUAUCAUAAUGAUGUACUGAGGCAUGUUGAAUAUUUGAUCAGUCUGAAGGUUGGACUGAAUUAUGAAAGCUAAACUUCAGCUUUUUUUCAUUACUAAUACAAACCAGGUUUCCAUCCAACCUUUUUAGAGUAAAAUACAUAUCGGAUAAACAUGUCAUAACAGGCCUGAUGGAAACAGAUCAUUUUUCCGGUAAACUUUCCAAAUGUCGACUAAACAAAAUACGCUAGACAAGGUGUCGGUAAAAUGAAUUAUGCAAGAAAUGUAGGUAGAAACGCUUUUAUGCGCAAAUAUUGAUAUAAUAACCAUCAUAUCAAAGUAAACAUGGAGUCACGCGAUGACAUGUUUUGUGGUCGUCCCACUACAACUCGUCGGGAAAGCAUGCAGUUUAUUAGGCUACAGAUGAAAUAAGUUAUGAUGAACUUCAAAGGGUGGUGAAAGUGUAAGGUGAUGAGCUUGAUGCUGCUUUCCAAUAAAUAUCGAGGAUCUUAUUCUGGUGACAUGAUCAUCGAUGGUUGGCUGCCGUUUGACAAAUCAAAAUAAAUCUCGCUCUUUUUUCCAUAAUAAUCUCAUCGUGGAGGCUAUACGUGCGCAUCAUGUAGGCUAUAACGAACCAUUUAUUGUGAGACAAGCAUCAGUAUAGUUGAAAAAGCGAUGGAAACCCAUUUAGCUUGUAUUUUUUAUUUGGUACAUGGGAAUUGAACCGCAUAAAAUAUUUGUAUAUGCACUAACGUUACGUCAUCACCCACAGCCUUUUAUAUGCAACAAGUCAAUUAGAUGGAAACACAACUCAUAUUGUUUUUAUAAGGAUUUUAUAAUAUUCGCAUGAAAACCUGUCGCCAAUUGGAUGGAAAGUUUUUUUAAAUUUCCUGGUGUCGGUACUGUGAACUUCAGAAGUAUUUUUCUUUUGAGGUAUUAAUAGGGGUUCUGUUGAGACAGUUUUCUGUAGCCCAGUGGUAGUAGGUAAGAGGGUUGGGGGGGUUCCACAUACAACAAACACAGUGUCAUUUUGCUUUUGUUCCACAUGAGCUUUCUGAAUAAUCGCCCAAAUUAUUUCAUUACAUGGGGCACUUCAGGCUGUGGAUUAUUUUUUGGGGAUAACAUUUCAACCAAAAUUGUGGAAAAUUAGAUCACCCUCAAUUAAGGAGCUUCAUUUGGAAAUGACAAGCCCAGGGAGGGAGCUCAGUGAGGGAACACGGAAGAGAAGGUUCCUGGAAGGUUGAAGGCUCGGGCACACUAUCCAUUCCCUCUGCUCCUUUCAGCUGUUUGGCCCUGCUCACUGAAGACAGGGUUUUACUCUCUUCUUGCACUGUGGUUACAUAAAGUAUGUUUGAUAAGGGGUGGCAGAAAGAAACCUUAAGGCAGGACCACCAUGAAAGCUUUUUAGUGAGCUACCCAUCAUUUUUAAAUUUUUAAAUGUAACCUUUAUUUAACUAGGCAAGUCAGUUAAGAACAAAUUCUUAUUUACAAUGACGGCCUACCCCGGCCAAACCCUUUAUGACGCUGGGCCAAUUGUGCGCCGCCCUAUGGGACUCCCAAUCACGGCCGGGUUGUGAUACAGCCUGGAAUCGAACCGGGGUCUGUAGUGACGCCUCGAGCACUGAGAUGCAGUGCCUUAGACCGCUGCGCCAUAUUAUAUAGAAAGGAAAUGUCCAAAAGAACUGGAAGGAAAACAUUGUAUAACCAAAUAGCUCAGUGGAUCUCUCAUGAUUCUGUCUCCCUCUCUCCCAGGUUCAGGGUCUGGUGUCAGAGUGGGGCUGGUCCAGAGAUGAUGUCAUCCUCCACACCUUGCCCCUGCACCACAUCCACGGCAUCGUCAACAAGCUGCUCUGCCCUCUCUGGGUGGGUGCCACCACCGUCAUGCUGCCUACCUUCCAGCCUCAGAAGGUACAUUACAACUAUACUACACCACUACUGCUACUACUACUUGUAACAUGCUGUUUCAGUUGACUCCCACCUCAUGUCCUGUCUGUGUUCUGUCAGGUAUUCUACUGCAGUCUGCCUUGUGUGUGUUAGCAGUAAGUAGUGCCUAUGUAACACUAACAGUGCUCUGUAAGGGACUUCAGUGGAGGCUGUCUGUCCUCCUCUUGCGGGGAUCCACUCCACAAACCUGAACAGUGGAGACACACUGGGGCGGGAGGCGGGUGGGGAGUAGAAGGGGGCUUCUGUUCAACCUUAUCGGCUAGUUGUCAGCCAUCGGUGCUAAUUGUGGCAGUGUUGCUGUGCUGCCAGCACCGGGCCGGGAGCGUCAAUAGCAGAGCCUGGAGCCGAGCUGACACGGACAGGUCCAUGAUGCCCCCUCUGCCUAAUACCGCCGGGCCACUGGGGGUCGGGUGGAAGCAGCCAGGCAGGCAGAGCUCCAGGUUGGAUACCCCCCCCCCUCAGACUGUCACACUAAGCGUUUGGGGCUGGGUGAUGGAUUGCCCUGUGUGGCUUUGUAUCUGACCACGCCAACUCACAGCACAGGCUUUAGAGCCAGAUCAAUCGAUGAGCUGACAUUGAAGGAUGAUAGUGCUUGUUUGGAGAGGUGGUGGUGGUGUAGUGGAGUAGGGGGGGGGGGGGGGGUGUCAGAGGGGUUUUAAGGUCUAGGAGAACUUAAUGGGAGUCAAGGGUAUGAAUGACAGGUAAGGGCUGUAGAGGACAACCAAUAAAGAGGAGGUUUACUGUAGUAUCAGAGCAUUUCACUUUCUUUGUACCAAACCUGACCUUGUGUAGCAAACAGACAGCAGAUGCUUUGCUCUCACCCCUGAGGAUGCCUUGUAGAUUUUUCUUUCAUUUUCUUGAAGUCAUAAUGAGAAACAAAUCGAUAUACUGUAAUAUAUUAAUAUGGCUCUAGGCUAUUUCUGAGUGACUGUCUAAUAGACCAGUUGGACAUUGUACUGAGAGCAGUACACUGUAUAUACAAAAGUAUGUGGACACCCCUUCAAGUUAGUGGAAUUGGCUAUUUCAGCCUCACCUGUUGCUGACAGGUGUAUAAAAUCGAGCACACAGCCAUUCAAUCUCCAUAGAUAAACAUUGGCAGUACAAUGGCCUUACUGAAGAGCUCAGUGACUUUCAACGUGGCACCAUCAUAGGAUGCCACCUUUCCAACAAGUCAGUUCGUCAAAUUUCUGCCCUGCUAGAGCUGCCCCGGUCAACUGUAUGUGCUGUUAUUGUGAAGUGGAAACAUCUAGGAGCAACAAUGGCUCAGCCACAAAGUGGUAGGCUGCACAAGCUCACAGAACGGGACCACUGAGUGCUGAAGCGCGUAGGUAAAAAUCGUCUGUCCUCGGUUGCAACACUCACUACCGACUUCCAAACUGCCUUUGGAAGCAACAUCAGCACACUAACUGUUUGAAUGGACCUCGUGAAAUGGGUUUCCAUGGCCGAGCAGCUGCACACAAGCCUAAGAUCACCAUGCGCAAUGACAAGUGUCGGCUGUAUGGUGUAAAGCUCGCCGCCAUUGGACUCUGGAGCAUUGAAAACGCGUUCUCUGGAGUCAUGAAUCACGCUUCACCAUAUGUCAGUCUGGCGGAUGCCAGGAGAACACUACCUGCCCCAAUGCAUAGUGCUAAAUGUAACGUUUGGUGGAGGAGGAAUAAUGGUCUGGGGCUGUUUUUCAUGAUUCGGGCUAGGCCCCUUAGUUCCAGUGAAGGGAAAUCUUAAUGAUACAGCAUACAAUGACAUUCUAGACCAGGGAUGCCCAACCCUCUUCCUGGAGAUCUACCUACCUGUAGGUUUUCAGUCCAACCCUAAUUUAGCAUAUCUGAUUCAACUAGUUAAGGUCUUGUUGAGCAGCUAAUAAGUAGAAUCAGGUGUGUUAAAUUAGGGUUGGACUGAAAACCCACAGGAUGGUAGAUCUCCAGGAAAGAGGUUGGGCAGCCCUGUUCUAGACCAUUCUGUGCUUCCAACUUUGUGGCAUCAGUUUGGGGAAGGCCCUUUCCUGUUUCAGCAUGACAAUGCCCCGUGCACAAAGCAAAGUCCAUACAGAAAUGGUUUGCCGAGCUCGGUGUGGAAGAACUUGACUGGCCUGCACAGAGCCCUGACCUCGAACACCUUUGGGAUUAAUUGGAAUGCUGACUGCGAGCCAGUCCUAAUCGCCCAACAUCAGUGCCCGACCUCACUAAUGUGGCUGAAUGGAAGCAAGUUCCCGCAGCAAUGUUCCAACAUCUGGUGGAAUGCCUUCCCAGAAGAGUGGAGGCUGUUAUAGCAGCAAAUGGGGGACCAACUCCAUAUUAAUGCCCUGGCUGUUUUACCAAGAAGGAGGGUGAUGGUGUGCUGCAUCAGAUGAACCUGGGCCUCCACAAUCCCCUGACCUCAACCCAAUUGAGAUGGUUUGGGAUGAGUUGGACCACAGAGUGAAGGAAAAACAGCCAACAAGUGCUAAGCAUAUGUGGGAACUCCUUCAAGACUGUUGGAAAAGCAUUCCAGGUGAAGCUGGUUGAGAGAAUGCCAAGAGUGUGCAAAGCUGUCAUCAAGGCAAAGGGUGGCUAUUUGAAGAAUCUCAAAAAUAAAAUACAUUUUGAUUUGUUUAACACUUUUUUGGUUACUACAUGAUUCCAUAUGUGUUAUUUCAUAGUUUUGAUGUCUUCACUAUUAUUCUACAAUGUAGAAAAUAGUAAACAUAAAGAAAAACCCUUGAAUGAGUAGGUGUGUCCAAACUUUUGACUGGUACUGUAAACAAUCAAAAGGGCAAACAAUUCACACAAUGAAACAAUGAAUGUGACAGAAUUGGCGGGAGACAGCUGAGCCAUUCUGGAGAGAGACUCGCCUAUAUCUUCGUCACACACCCCUCCCCUUCUUCUUGUCUGAAUUUUUUUGUAUUAUACUCAAGACACAUUAUCUUCACACAUAUUUUAGAUGCUUUUCACUGACAGCUUCAACUCAAUAAUCAACUAGGCCUAUUGCCACGCGUGCUGCCCAAAUUAGGGCUUCCCAAAUAGGCAUAGUCCUACAAGCUUGUGAUUUGUAUAUUCCCGCUAAUUGCAUUUUGGCAAAUGUGUGAAAAUGAUGUUUUAUUGGCUGCUUCAUUACAUGAGUUGCAUGUUCUGUUAACAUGAAUUACCAUAAUCACUGUGGGUGGAUGCCCUAGUGGGUUACGCAACCAAUGCGUAUGGGUCUGGUACAUUUCUCAAAUGGUGGGUAAAUUAAAAUCUUCCCGGUCACGUUGUCCAGUGCCACAUUUUCCUAACGGAAACCCUGGUGUGUCUGUGUGAGUGGAUGGUUGGAGGUCCCUGUGCAUGACUGUGUCUGACCCCAGAGGAAGGAGUGCUCUGCUCAGUCGAUCAAGCAGAGGAGUGGGUGUGUGGCUCCAGCAGGCCUCCGGUGUCCGGUCUGGAGCGUGAAAUCACAACUCUGCUGGUCGGCUACUGCGUUGCAACCUAGCGUUGCCAAAAGCCCUGGUCAGCCCUAGAAAGCCUAUGUAAAUGACGAUCGCCAGAACGGCCAAACACAAUUUUUUUGGACAGCAGUUUUGGGCUCAAAAAUGUGUUUAGUUUUUGGGUGCCAUUCAGCCUCAUUCAGGAAUAUGGAGCGCUUCAAAUUCAAAUAAUUCCGGCUUGAUGCGCCAUCAGGAGUUUUCCACAGGAAUACGUGGAUGACGUCAGCGCUAUCACUAUCUACUGGUUUUAAUGUCUAUGGGCUCCAGCUCCAGUCAUGAGUACAGUAGGAGAGAGAACAAAACAUACCAGGACUGGAGUCUGGACCAGAGUCCAGGAGAGCAGAGAACCUGAGGUUAAUGGCAGGGAGGUCAUGAUCCAUCCUCACACAACUGAACUGACUGCAGCAUUGUGUGGUGGAGAAAAAGUAAUGGCUACAGGGCUAGUGGAGAAUAGCUGGGUGCUGCUGGGUUAAGGGCUGUUUGGGAUGCAGGCUGAAGCCGAGGGUCUCCAACAUAAACUCCCCCAGGUGGAGGGCAGCUCUUUGACGGACAUAAAUUGGCUUUUCCCCCCUCCUGAGUGGCUGCUGGGGGAAGCGCUCCACUGAGCUUGAUAGACACGGCCCAGAAUGCCCAGAACAGACACAGGAAAUAAUAUUCCCCUCUGAACCCCGCUAUCUAGUCUGUCCGUGUGUGGAUGUGUGUGGCUGAACAGAUAAAGUUUUGUGAGUUUGUGUGAAUAGAUGUCUCUGGGGAUAGUCCACACUUCUGCCUGUUUAUUUAAUAGACACAUCAUUUUUAAACCUUAAUUUAUUUUGAUUUUGCAAUAUUUAGAGCUUGAUGAUAAAAUUAGGAAGCAGAUAUGUUGAGAAGGGGUAGAAACCUAAAGGGAGUAGGAAGUAAAAGAGGGUGAUUUAAGAGGACAGGGAGGAGGGGAAGUUGAGAAAUUGGUGGCAGAUGAGGAGAGAAUCGGUAUGGGGGGUGAUUGAGAGAGGGACAGACAGAGGAAGACUGAUAAGAGUAGGGGCAGUGAAGCAGGAAAUUAUGAAAUGGAGAGAGUGAGGGUGUGUGAGAGAGAGGGAGAGAGAAGGAGGAAGAAUGAGGGAGGAGGUUCUAUGAGGGAGAGACGUGCGCGUGCCUCCCAGGGGGGACAGAGCCAAGGAGAAUCUGUCGUUCACCUUCAAUUAAUUCACACUGUCCUCCUACUGUGUGCUGGGGGUGCAGCCAGGCGUGCCAGGGGUGUGUAUGAGGGACUCGUAAUAUAUGUGUGUGUGUGUGUGUGUUUGUAUGUGUGUGUUUGUAUGUGUGUGUACUGUGUAAGUAGCUUUGUCCUUGCGUGAGUGUAUGCGUGGCGCAUAUGUAUAAAUGUGUAGCCAUGUGUCAGUUAGUCUCUAUUUAUGGGCAUCUGUCUCUGUGUAUGACUGGGAAAGAGGAGGAGGGGGCGACUGGCUCUGGGCUCCUUCACAAAUGCUCUUGGAACACAUUUGCCAAAACAAAAAAAAAUGCUAGGAAAAAAUGUUUUUUUAAAAGGCAAAGUGCCCCAGCGUUAUGACUGACCUCAAUAUCAUUCCUGUUGAAUUCCUCUCUAAAUGCUGUUAGACUGACCUUUACCGAUUCUGUCAACGUCUUUGUAAUAAACUAGCCUGUUGACAGUUUAUCUUCAGCCAGGCCCUCGCCUCGCUCCCCAUUUAUUGUAAAUAAUGUACACACAACACUAUGGCACCCUAUCCAUCUUCUUUACAUAUUGUAAUCUGGAUGUAAUGAUUUUGUUGGCAUUAAUAUGGGGUGGCUAAUCAAUCUACGUACAAUGUAAGAGACUGUUUUUGACUCCCUCCCUCUUUUCUCUCCCCCUCAGGUAUGGGAGGUCCUGCUCAGCUCCAAGGCACCUAUGGUGAAUGUGUUCAUGGCUGUUCCUACCAUCUACUCCAAGCUGAUCCAGCACUAUGAGCAACACUUCACCCAGCCACGUGUCCAGGACUUUGUCAGGGCCGUCUGCAAGGAGAGAAUCAGGUAACAAGAACCUUAUGGUCUACUUAUACUAGUAGCAAUACCACAGAAAAGGAGUAGAUCUGCACCAAUAGUAGUAUCAUAAUAUUCAUAUAACUGGACGAAUAUCAUUAACAAACUCAUUGCUUAUCUAUUGUGAUGAAAUUGCAUUCUUAAAAACUCUGACAAGACAUCUUCGGAGCGAAUGGGUUCUCAUGAAUCUGGACAGUAGUUGCUCAUUCCAUCAGAGAGUGAAUAGAUUGUUUGAAGGGGAAGGGAUAUGUGUCAGAGAUCAAAGGGAUGGGUUUUUAAAGAGAGACCAGGCUUUGUAGUGAGAUGUGACGGACGCUUUCUCCAAAUAUACCAGGGCUUAUGCUCAAGAGAGAGUGAAGAAAGCAGUGGGACACGACAGAUGGAAUGGAGUUAUAAACUCUAUAUAAAGCCUAGCACUUAUGUUACCCCAACCUAAAGUUGCAAAGCUGCCGGUAAUGUACCAAAGUGACCAGAAUCUUUGGUAAUUAACAUGUAAUUUAUGGUAACUUUGGUAAUUUAUAAUUGAGUAACUUUAAAAAACUGUUCAUAUAAAGUAUAAUUGUUUUAUGUUUCUAGUGGAUAGACCAUAUGGUUCAAGAGAAAAUGGCCUAAUUAAUCUAAUCAACAAUGGCAUUAUUUUUUAAUUAACUCUCUUAACAUUUACAACAAAGACAUAUUGACGUAGUAAAAUAAAUAAAAGUGUGUAAAAUAUUUCAUGCUGAAACCCCCCACUGAUUUCGCCUCGUUUUUCUGCUUGGUCAUUAAGAAAUGCAGCGGCCAAAUGAGAGUUGUCUUGGGGGGUGGUUUAAUGUGGGUGUCUCUUGUGUGUGUGUUCGCAGGUGACAAGCAUUUGUACAUUCACUCUUCCUAAACAGUACACAGUUGCAGUCACUCACCUUUCUAGAUAACUUGAAACAGUCAAACCAGGUCUUGUGUCUUGAAGUUGCCUAGGCUAGCUAGUGCUAGCCAACUUCUUUUGCCAAUUAGCUUCAGCCGGCUGGUGUGCGACCGUGGCAAAGUAAAUUUGACAUUGGAUAUCUCUAGUUAGGGAUGGUCAAUAAAUUACACAAUGUAAAUAGGACAAUAUUUGUAUGUUGCACAUUAAAUGCUUUCGAAUGAAUUAAUGAAUUAAUGACAUAUAUUUUUGUUUUAAAUCGCCAAUUGGCAACCAAUCCCUUAUGGGAUUAAUUGACACAUAAACAAACAUUACAAUAAUUCAAUUAUAAUUAUUCUUCCAGUGUUUCUCUGCAUUGCGCAUCGCAUAAAAAGUGAAAAAAUGUAAGGUAAUAUACAAUACAUAAUAGUAAAUAAUAAUUAUAUGCCUACAGCAGUAAAAUAAUAUACAUACAUACAGAUGAAUAACAUAUACAGAUAAAUAAAUACAGACACAUUAAACAGAAGGCAUUUGAAGCCAGUCUGGCACAAAGAGAAGAUUCAUGUGGGAGACAAGCCUUCACACCCCUUGGCAUUUUUCCUAUUUUGUUGCCUUACAACCUGGAAUCAUUUGAUUUACACAACAUGCCUACCACUUUGAAGAUGCAAAAUAUUUUUUGGGGUGAAACAAACAAGAAAUGAAACAAAAAAAACAGAAAACUUGGGCGUGCAUAACUAUUCACAGGUACACGUCAACUAUGACAGACAAAUUGAGAAAAAAAAAUCCAGAAAAUCACAUUCUAGGAUUUUUUAUGAAUUUAUUUGCAAAUUAUGGUGGAAAAUAAGUAUUUGGUCACCUACAAACAAGCAAGAUUUCUGGCUCUCACAGACCUGUAACUUCUUCUUUAAGAGGCUCCUCUGUCCUCCACUCAUUACCUGUAUUUAUGGCACAUGUUUGAACUUGUUAUCAGUAUAAAAAACACCUGUCCACAACCUCAAACAGUCACACUCCAAACUCCACUAUGGCCAAGACCAAAGAGCUGUCAAAGGACACCAGAAACAAAAUUGUAGACCUACACCAGGCUGGGAAGACUGAAUCUGCAAUAGGUAAGCAGCUUGGUUUGAAGAAAUCAACUGUGGGAGCAAUUAUUAGGAAAUGGAAGACAUACAAGACCACUGAUAAUCUCCCUCGAUCUAGGGCUCCACGCAAGAUCUCACCCCGUGGGGUCAAAAUGAUCACAAGAACGGUGAGCAAAAAUCCCAGUACCACACGGGGGGACCUAGUGAAUGACCUGCAGAGAGCUGGGACCAAAGUAACAAAGCCUACCAUCAGUAACACACUACGCCGCCAGGGACUCAAAUCCUGCAGUGCCAGACGUGUCCCCCUGCUUAAGCCAGUACAUGUCCAGGCCCGUCUGAAAUUUGCUAGAGUGCAUUUGGAUGAUCCAGAAGAGGAUUGGGAGAAUGUCAUAUGGUCAGAUGAAACCAAAAUAGAACUUUUUGGUAAAAACUCAACUCGUCGUGUUUGGAGGACAAAGAAUGCUGAGUUGCAUCCAAAGAACACCAUACCUACUGUGAAGCAUGGGGGUGGAAACAUCAUGCUUUGGGGCUGUUUUUCUGCAAAGGGACCAGGACGACUGAUCCGUGUAAAGGAAAGAAUGAAUGGGGCCAUGUAUCGUGAGAUUUUGAGUGAAAACCUCCUUCCAUCAGCAAGGGCAUUGAAGAUGAAACGUGGCUGGGUCUUUCAGCAUGACAAUGAUCCCAAACACACCGCCCGGGCAACGAAGGAGUGGCUUCGUAAGAAGCAUUUCAAGGUCCUGGAGUGGCCUAGCCAGUCUCCAGAUCUCAACCCCAUAGAAAAUCUUUGGAGGGAGUUGAAAGUCUGUGUUGCCCAGCGACAGCCCCAAAACAUCACUGCUCUAGAGGAGAUCUGCAUGGAGGAAUGGGCCAAAAUACCAGCAACAGUGUGUGAAAACCUUGUGAAGACUUACAGAAAACGUUUGACCUGUGUCAUUGCCAACAAAGGGUAUAUAACAAAGUAUUGAGAAACUUUUGUUAUUGACCAUAUACUUAUUUUCCACUAUAAUGUGCAAAUAAAUUCAUUAAAAAUCCUACAAUGUGAUUUUCUGGAUUUUCUUUUCUCAUUUUGUCUGUCAUAGUUGACGUGUACCUAUGAUGAAAAUUAAAGGCCUCUCUCAUCUUUUUAAGUGGGAGAACUUGCACAAUUGGUGGCUGACUAAAUACUUUUUUCCCCCACUUAACCUAUUUACCCCCCCAAAGUCAAUACUUUGUAGAGCCACCUUUUGCAGCAAUUACAGCUGCAAGUCUCUUGGGGUAUGUCUCUAUAAGCUUGGCACAUCUAGCCAUUGGGAUUUUUGCCCAUUCUUCAAGGCAAAACUGCUCCAGCUCCUUCAAGUUGGAUGGGUUCCGCUGGUGUACAGGAAUCUUUAAGUCAUACCACAGAUUCUCAAUUGGAUUGAGGUCUGGGCUUUGACUAGGCCAUUCCAAGACAUUUAAAUGUUCCCCUUAAACCACUUGAGUGUUGCUUUAGCAGUAUGCUUAGGGUCAUUGUCCUGCUGGAAGGUGAACCUCCGUCCCAGUCUCAAAUCUCUAGAAGACUGAAACAGGUUUCCCUCAAGAAUUUCCCUGUAUUUAGCGCCAUUCCAUCAUUCCUUCAAUUCUGACCAGUUUCCCAGUCCCUGCCGAUGAAAAACAUCCCCACAGCAUGAUGCUGCCACCUCCAUGGUGUUCUCGGGGUGAUGAGAGGUGUUGGGUUUGCGCCAGACAUAGCAUUUUCCUUUCAUCUGACCAGAGUACCUUCUUCCAUAUGUUUGGGGAGUCUCUCACAUGCCUUUUGGCGAACACCAAAUGUGUUUGCUUAUUUUUUUUCUUUAAGCAAUGUCUUUUUUCUGGCCACUCUUCUGUAAAGCCCAGCUCUGUGGAGUGUAUGGCUUAAAGUGGUCCUAUGGAAAUAUACUCCAAUCUCCGCUGUGGAGCUUUGCAGCUCCUUCAGGGUUAUCUUUGGUCUCUUUGUUGCCUCUCUGAUUAAUGCCUUCCUUGCCUGGUCUGUGAGUUUUGGUGGGCGGCCCUCUCUUGGCAGGUUUGUUGUGGUGCCAUAUUCUUUCCAAUGUUUUAUAUUGGAUUUAAUGGUGCUCCGUGGGAUGUUCAAAGUUUAGAUUUUUUUUUUUAUAACCCAACCCUGAUCUGUACGUCUCCACAACUUUGUCCCUGACCUGAUUGGAGAGCUCCUUGGUCUUCAUGGUGCCGCUUGCUUGGUGGUGCCCCUUGCUUAGUGGUGUUGCAGACUCUGGGGCCUUUCAGAACAGGUGUAUAUAUACUGAGAUCAUGUGACAGAUCAUGUGACACUUAGAUUGCACACAGGUGGACUUUAUUUAACUAAUUAUGUGACUUCUGAAGGUAAUUGGUUGCACCAGAUCUUAUUUAGGGUCUUCAUAGCAAAGGGGGUGAUUACAUAUGCACAAACCACUUUUCUGUUAUUUAUUUUUUAGAAUUUUUUUGAAAGAAGUUAUUUUUUUCAUUUCACUUCACCAAUUUGGACUAUUUUGUGUAUGUCCAUUACAUGAAAUCCAAAUAAAAAUCCAUUUAAAUUACAGGUUGUAAUGCAACAAAAUAGGAAAAACGCCAAGGGGGCUGAAUACUUUUGCAAGGCACUGGAGACACGUACCAUUUACCACAUAGAAGCUUUCAAUACUUGUAUUUGAAUUUCUACAAUUUAUAGUUGGUUUGAGGUUUUUAAGUCAUUGAAAUUUGGAGCUAUAGUCAUUUCAAAAUAUUGUCCAUGUACAUUGUGUAAUUUACUGAUGGGUCCCUAACUAGCCCCAUAGGGAUAUUGAAUGUCAAACCAAAUUGACCAUUGCCGUUACGAUUGGGUCGCAUGCAGCUGCACUCCGAAUGUAUGAUUACUUGGGUGCUGCCAGCUGUGGGCAUGUGGGCAGGAUUGAAAUAAUCCAAACCCAACCCAAGGAAAACUGUUACGGUACCCUUCAUUCCAUUUUCUAUCAUCUCGCAAAUCUCAGUUAAGAAAGAGACUGACUUUAUAACCAAAAAUAUCCUAUUUACACUUUGUAGUAACUGUUGACAAUAGAAUAAAUGUUUCUGACUCAUAUCAAUGCCACAUAGGCUGUUUUCAAAACGAGAAGUUGCUUUUUAGGGGUGGUCACCAAUGGUAUUCACUAAAUUGAUGGUUUAUAUUUAGGACAAGGAUCAUCGACUAGAUACAACUAGAUCGGAUGGUCGGGUGCCGGAACACAAUUACAAAUCAUUUGUAGACUGCAAAUUGACCCAUAAGAAGCCCAAACAGAUAUAAUAUUUGACUAAAACAUAAUCAUUUCAAAACUUGCUUACAUUUGUAUACUUGUCUCUCUAAAUUAAAAUCACUUGGAGCUGAUUUCCUGGUGUUUUUAAAGUAUUUUAUGUCCAACAAUGAAACAUUUAAAAAUAAUAAUUUAUUUAUUUAUUUAUUUUUUGCUCUGAAAACUUGGGGGGGGGGGGGGGGCAAAUAAAACCACCCCCGGGGCAAAUCCGGCCCAUGGGCCACCAGUUGGGGAAUCCUGAUUUAGGAUGAUGUUUUACAGCUUUGUCAUUACAUUUUUUCUUUGAAAAUCAUCUUAUUUCUUUAUUUGAUAUAUUUUACCUGUGAUGAGGUCCCCUGUAGCUCAGUUGGUAGAGCAUGGCGCUUGCAAUGCCAGGGUUGUGGGUUCGUUUCCCACGAGGGGCCAGUAUGAAAAAUGUAUGCACUCACUAACUGUAAGUCGCUCUGGAUAAGAGCGUCUGCUAAAUGACUUAAAUGUAAAUAAGGCCAGAGACACCUGUAAUAAUCUGGAGUACCCCAAAAGGCCACUAGAUGUCAUCUUGCAAAAUUCACCCAAAAACGUUAAAGUCACCAAAAUUCUGGUAGUUCACUGGUAAACUUAGAAAGUUUCCAGUAAUAUACCCUCCCUUUGCCAACCUGAAUCUACUCCAGUCAAUGUUAAGGGCUUCAUCAGAGCCUGGGCCUUUACUGAGUGUGACCCAGACUGCCACCUCUGUCCCCAGGCUGAUGGUGUCUGGCUCGGCCGCCCUGCCCCAGCCCACCCUGCUACGCUGGGAGGAGAUCACAGGACACACCCUGUUGGAGCGCUACGGCAUGACAGAAAUAGGCAUGGCCCUGUCCAACCCCCUGAAGGGGCCUCGCAUCCCAGGUACACACACCAUUUACCACCACCAUUUUCCUUUGUACAGUGACGUCAUAACCUCACACACAUCCAGUAACUAUAUGACAGUGAGUCUGUCUUUGAAUGAAUAUUACAACAUGCAGACAGUAAUUAGGCUCUGUUGAAGCUCUAUCUUUUUGCCCUGUCUGACCGUUGUCUCAGCUGUCUGAGGAACAUGGUGUUGAUCAGACUAUUUCUUUCUGGUUUACCUAUGUUCUUAUUCCAGGUGGCUUGGUAUCAAAGCUCUAUGCUGUUGUUGUUAUUGUUGUUGUUGUUGUUGUUGUUUCUGGUUAGAUCCUCAGGUGACUGGAGGGCUAUGUUCCUUUCUUUAGUCUUUUCAUUCCUCUUCUAGUCUUUAGAGUGGAGGAUCUUCAAAGCAGCAUUGUGACAAGGCAGGCUAAGUUGACUGUCAGUAGCCCAGCUAAUGCAGUCUCUGUUGUUGUGAGCGUGUGUUUGAAAUAAAGAGGCAGGUUCUAUUUAAUCCUGGGAGGUGAUUAUUAAGACCAGCUCUGAGACGUUGCGGUCGUAUUGACGUCUUUUCAGUAGCAGUCUAUGAGACACUUGUUGAAGAGCGUGUGUGAUGCCGUCUCCUUUUAAAGUAGGUUAAAACAAAUCAAUAUCAACCACAGCUCUCAGAAAAGAACACUCCAGUUCCCCCCUCUCCCUCCGGCACACCCACGCCUUCAAAACAACUGUCAACUGUUAACCAAUCAAAUUGUGUUUUAGUAUGACUUUAUUUAUGACAAUCUAUUAAAGACGUAUUGUCAUUUUAUGAGUGAGUAUAUACACAGUAAUACACAGGAAUACAAGAAUAAUGGUAAUAUUUGUAUCCUGUUGAUGGUUGUAAUUUGCGUCCAUGUUUGGCGUCACCUGAGAGGAGUAGGCUAUACCCUAAAGCUAUCUCUCUCUCAUAAUCUAUUCAUCUCCAUCUCAUUUGUAUUUUUUCUUUCAUCCUGUAUUGUUUUCUUUUUCUUUUGUUUUCCCCCCUCUAACACCAGUCCUGGCGGGAGACACAUGUCCCCUUUCAGCAGAAUGACUUUGAGCAUCUCAACCCCCACCCUUCCUGUCUUUCACUUCACACCCUUUCACCCUCCCCCUUCUCUCCUCUCCCCUCUCCAUCCCACUUUCUCCCUUCCCUGUGCUUUGUGUUUGGGGGAGGUUGUGGGGGGGUUUGAGCAGCAGUGCUCCAGCAGGGCUCCAGGGGGCGCAGGGCUGUCAGCUCCCCAGGGCGGCCCAGAGAGAGCACAGCGUGAAGGAAGGCUGCUGAAUUAUGCAUGGAGGAAGGCAGGCUUGGAGCUGCACCGCACACAGCUCUCUCUCCUCUCUGCCUGGUUGGUCUCAUUUGAAAACUCUGGCUGGCUGGUUGUGUGUGUGGCUGGCUGGCAUGGCUACUGCUGCAGUUGUAAUUAGAGGUUCAGAUGGGCCCACUGAUAGAGCCUUGUUAAUGGGCCUCUGUGCAGUCAGGGGAGCCAUUGUGUUUCUGACAGGGCUGUCGCCACAGGGCCGGCUACAUUCCACUACACACACACACACACACACACACCUACGUACUGUAUAUCUAUAAAGCUAUAUUAAUUCAGCUCUGCUUUAAUAGGCAUGAAGAAAAGGGCAGUAAUGAGAACAUGAGCAUAAUACGAUGUUAUCUUAUUCCUAAUACCACUGGAAUGUUGUUGUUGUUAUUUGAAUUGAUUAUUUCUGCUAUUUUCGGCAGAGGGCUGCUGUUGGCCGUAUCAUUUCAUUAGUCGUUUCCAGCUGUCACUCAAUGACCUUAUGUCCCUCUCAAUGCUGUCCUCAUUCCCCUGCAUGGUUAGUAAUUGUACCCUGUGUGGAAUGUGGGUAGAACACUACUCUGUAAUAUUUAUAUCUUCUAUUUAGAGUUUCUAGUCACUCGUUUAGCCCUUGAGACAAAGGCAGUGCUAUCAGAACCCAUUGUAUUCUUCACACCCAUCAUCCCCUUUUUGUAAUUCCACUCCAGUCUUUCUAUUCUGCCUGUAGCCUUUGAAGUGGCAGUCAAUCUCAAUUCUCUGUAAAGUAACGGUGACUUGAAUGUUACAUGGCUCCAAAAUAUGUCUGGCCUCCCUCCCGAAUAGAGAGAAAAAGCGAAGGAGACAGAGAGGGGCAGAGAGAGAGAUUGCUCGGGCUCAAGUAUAAAUGGAUUUUGGUUACUUUGUGAUUGAGGGGUGAAAGCUCUUUUUAUCACCCCAUCGUUGGCAUCUUUCUGCUGUGUUUGGAGGGUGAGGAGGAAUGAGGACACGCUGACGACAUGAGGACACGCUGACGUUGUUUCCCAGCGCACUGGGAAACAACCCCGGGAGAAAAACAAAAAGACAGGGACUGAGAUGGAUGUCAUCCUCUCACACAAAAACACUCUCAAAUGAAGGGGAUGGUGGCAGGAGGGAUAGGACAGGAAGUGGCUUUAGAGAGAAGACUGACUUAACAGAGAUAAACUGGCUGGUCUGGUUUUAAAACAAUGGGAAGAAAGUUUGUAUCUCUGUGUUUCUUGCUCUGCUGAUGAAGUGGAAAUGCAGUGUGUUUGAUUGGCAUUGCCAAUCAGGGCUAAAGUUGAUUAGAUCAAUAUGAAGCAGGGAGUUAUUUUGUAAUCAUGGCCUGUCUGCCCUGUUCUUUAUUGGGAGAGCAGUGGCCUGUGAAAUGACAUGGCCCACAGUGUCACACAGAGAGCGAGAGAGAGCAGGCUGCACAAAGGUUUCCUUCUCUUCUGGUGGUGGCAGUCAUUAGAGCUUAUCUCUCUAUAGGUCACACAGACAGAAGGAGAAAAUGCCUCAGGAGAGGGGAACGUGUGGGUGGUCACAUGCGUAUGUGUGGGUGGUCACCUGCGUAUGUGUGGGUGGUCACAUGCGUAUGUGUGCGCACUGUGUAGGAGAAGGACUGUCAUGAAAUCACUAUUUUCAUUUGUAUUUGUUGAUGCAAAUAUUUUGGGGAUAAAUUGUUUUAUUUAAAACUGUUAGCAUUAAUUGUGAUAGUGUAAUUAGUUCCAUUGUGUAUGCAUGAUGUGAGUAUUUACCGUUGUAUGUGUUUAUGUGUGUGCAGGUGCAGUCGGUGUCCCUCUUCCAGGAGUGGAGGUUCGCAUCGUCAUGACGAACGCAACCAGCACCACCAUCGCCGAGGGCAACAGCAGAGAAACUCAGGUAUUCAGUAGUCAGAAACACUCACAUCCAUAGAUACAGUAGGAGUAUAUUAAUCAGUCUGAGGAGUAUAUUAAUGUUGUUAAAAAACAUAUACAGUUAGCAUGUCCAGGACCCUGUCUGUCUUACCCAUCCACUUGUGUGUGUGUCUCUUUAGGUGCGUUCAGGGUUGGAGGGGAAGGAGGGGGAGCUGAUGGUGCGAGGAGACCAGGUCUUCACAGAGUACUGGAACAAACCAGAGGCCACCAGGGAGUCUUUCACUGAGGACGGCUGGUUCAAAACAGGUACAGUACACUGUCUCAGUCAGUAAACACACCGUCAUCUCAUGAUUUAUUGACUGGUAUGCAGCUACACAGGCUCUUAACUUGAGGGACAGCCUGAUGAUACAAUACUAUGAGAGGGCUGCAAAAGACUAGUGAAUAUUUCACAUGGCCACUAGGUCUGUGGUGGCUAGGGUUCACCAUGUUCUCUCUACUUCACCAAUUACACCCAGAAGACUGGAUGAGGCACGUUGUCAGAACUAUGUUUGUCAUGACCUCUCUUUCUCCAGGAGCUGUAUUUAAACAUUUAGGAAGAAGGCGUCUCGCUCCCCUCCAGUGACUGGGUUGUGAUAAAUGGAGGAUGUGUGUUUUUGGAUGCUGGGAGGCAUUUCUCCUCUCUAAGUGGUUGUGACUCCUCUGUGGGUUGGGGAGAAGAAGAACAGAGCUGUCAGUGGUGCAGAAGCAGGCUAGGCCCUCUCUGGCCCAGUACAUUCCCCCAAGGAGCCCCGCUUUAGAACAGGGCUACAGGGAUGGAGGAGCUGCUGAGAGAGAGAGAGAAAGAGAGAGAGAGAUGGGCAGGGAUAAAGGAUGGAGAGAAGUGGGCAAGAAAGAGUGGAGUAGGCACAGAUGGAGAAGGGGCUGCAGAGAGGGAGAGAGUUAGGGAGAGCUGGCAGGGAGGAAGGCGGGAGCUGGCAGGGUGGAGUGGGUUUAAUUGGCUUUAAGGGCUGGAAGGACAGAGUUCCAGUGCGCCGCACGCUGCUGUCACACUCCAUUAGGCCCACUGGCCGGAUAAUGAGAGCCAGCACAAUCAGCUCCCAGCAGACAGACCAGCCAGUCAGUCAGUGCCCUAGCCGGCCACUGCUACUGCCAAGCACCCUGCCUGCCUGCCCACCCGCCUGCCUGCUCCAUCCUACACACACAUACACAUGCACACACACGCACCAUCGCCUCAGGCAGCCUGCUUGCCAUGGCGACCCUGCAUCCACCAGCUCCAUAGGCAGCUAUAUCCUCACUACCAGAGGAGGCUGGUGGGAGGAGCUAUAAGAGGACGGGCUCAUUGUAAUGGCUGGACUGGAAUAAAUGGAACGGAGUCAAACAUAUGUUGGAUUUGUUUGAUACCGUUUCACUUAUUCCAUUCCAGCCAUUACAAUGAGGAUGUCCUCCUAGAGCGCCUCCCAGCAGGCUCACAUUACAGCACUACUUUACAUUUACUUUGACAUACAUGCCCAGGCCUAUUCACCCUAUUCUGCUGCCCCCCUCCCUGACACUGUAGGUGUUAGGAGUGUCAGAUCUGAUGCCACCUCAUCUGAAGGCUUGUGGCCAGUUCAUAUAGUUGAAUAGGGAGACUGGAGAAUGGGCACAAUGCUAUUCCCUGUCCAGUGCAUGGUUCUUUGGUUGUCAGUAUGCGUGAAGAUUUGCUCUGUUGGUGUGAAGGCAGGGUGAAAAGGUGUGAGUUUCAACAACAGUACUACUUACACUCUCCCUCACUUCCACCAACUUCCUCUCACACUCAUACCCUUUUCACCCUCACACCUGCUCCCCCUCUCCUCCUCUCCUCCUCCUCGCUUCUUCAUCUAACACUCCUACCUACCUCCACCCUUCCCUCCCAACCUCUCCCUUUCUUCACUCUCACCUGAACUAUCGGUCUGUCUCUCACCAUCUCAACUCUUAACCCUCUCAUCCUCCUCUUGGAUUUGACCCUGUGUGCUCACCCUUUACCAUACACACAGACUCCCUCGAGAGAGAGAGGGGGAAAGAGAGAGGGAAGAUGAGAGCGAUGAAGAGAGGGAGGAAGAGAAAAGAAUAGAGAGAGCCAAGAGAUCAACAUGGUUUCUGUUUGCCUGGCGGUAUCUUUAAUUGGGUAAGUGUGGCCUGACUGGCACCUCUAUGGAUAAGCUGUCACCCUGUUGAGUGCUCACUUUGCGCCCAUCUCCACACUACGUUUGUUCCCAUUGAUUUUCCUCACUUCUCUUUGUGUCAACUCACUCGCUCGGCCUCUCCUCUCCUCCAAUCUGCCCUGCUUUCAAACGUAUUCCUCAGUAGCUCCCUUUCAGCUGUCUGUGUCUGCUAGAUUACCUACCAGGGAGAGGGACAGAAUGUGUGUCAGUCUCCUUAACUGGCCAGUGGCUCCAGGCCACCUAUUGACAUGCCACCAGAUGUCUCUUCACAGUCCCCAAGUCCAGAACAGACUAUGGGAGACGCACAGGACUACAUGGAACUCUAUUCCACAUCAGGUAACUGAUGCAAGCAGUAGAAUCAGAUUUAAAACACAGAUAAAAAUACACCUUAUGGAACAGCAGGGACUGUGAAGCAACACAAACAUAGGCACAGACACAUGAUCACAUACACACUAUACACACACGUACACAUGGAUAAUGUGUUGUAGAUAUGUGGUAGUAGAGUAGGGGCCUGAGGGCACACACUUAGUGUGUUGUGAAUUCUGUAAUGAAUGUAUUGUAAUGUUUUUACAAUUGUAAAGCUGCCUUAAUUUUGCCGGACCCCAGGAAGUGUAUGCAGCAGCUAAUGGGAUCCAUAAUAAAUACAAAUAAAAACAAAUCAUUCACACUGGCUUAGAGUUACUGACUGUUUGAUUUGGGUCUAACCAUGCCAAACACUAAUGAUGAACCAGUCUCUGGACAUAGCAACUGAAACCAUACCUCCACUAGUCUCAUCCCUCUUUCAGGAUCUUAACAUCAUUUCAACCUCGUGACAACCGUGCUGACACACAAGCACACAGACGGUGUGAGGAAUCCUGCCAAGGUCUAACGCCAUCAUGAAUUCAUAACCUAUGUUGUGGAUGGAUCGUUAUCUUCGACUCCCUCCAUGAAAUAUUGACUGUUGCGGUCAGAUUUAUUCUGCCUCUGGUGUUUGUGUGCAGGCUCCCUGCCUGUGUGGUUAGGCUCUUACUAAUAAGUUUUUUCCAUUGUACCAGUGCAGUCCUUAAGACUGUCCCUCGUAAACAAGACCAUUAAUUUAUUAGCGGUAGCGCUACAGAGAUAGAAAUGGAGAGAGAGGGGUAGAGGAAGAGAGCGGGAGAGACUGGGAGAAGUGGGGUUCAGCUGGUCUCCAGCGCUCUAGCAGGACAGCUCACUCUUUCCCCGGAAUGGAUUAUGCGCUGAAAAACAAUAAAUAAAUAUAUCAAUAAAUAAAGAUGGCUGGGAGGGAGGGAAAGCAUUAGCAAUUUUCCAAAUGCUGCGUGCACAUACUUAUGAAUAAUGGAGGCAUCUUAAAAGUUGCCAGUGCUCGGGUAAGCACUGUUUGGGGACUGCACAUUAGCCUUGCUGUGCUCGUAAAUAACAGGCAGGCCUGGAUGUGGGUGUGCAGGCCACUGGAGGGAGAGGGGAGAAUGUUAACUAGGGUGAGAGGAGAGGAGUGGAGCUCAACCUCCCUCAGAUCAUCUCAGGGCAGAAAGGAGAGCAGAACCUCUCACAGAGCCAGGCUCAUUACCGUUACAUUACCACACACACCGCAAGCACACACAAACCACAAGUGCAAACACACAUACACUACAGUAUAUAUACUGUAUAUUAGAUUUUUUUAAAUGAUACUUGGAGUUAUAGAAUCAAUAUAAUAUCGUCAAAAAUAAUGUGGCGAUACUCUCCUGUAUCGAUUUUCCCCCCAUCACUAGUCUGUGGUCCGUUGAUUUUGUGUGUAGUUUGUACUGUGGCCGGAUUUUGCAUUCAAUCUGCAAAUAUUUUUUACAUUUGUGUGUGUGUGCUCAGUGCGUGUUAGGUUUUAAAGUUUUGUCAGUCUUAACCUCUCAGCUGAGGUGAAAAGUCUGCAGGACAGACAGACAGUCAGCAGUGUGCCUUAUUUUCCAGGCAGGCAGGCAUCGCUAGUGAUUUAAGCGUUCCGCCAUUGCUCCCAGCAGUGUUCUUCUCCCCUAUGCGUCUCUCCUCCUCUCCCUUCCUCCCUCUCCCCUCUCCCCUCCCAAUGUCACAUUUCACCUCCGCUCAGAACGCGGUGCCCCUCCAAUGUCACGUUCCCCUCAUGGCUCUACCGCCCACCUUCCCCUUGUUCCAUUUCCCCUAUGGUAAGGCUACACAUCCAUUCCAAUGAUAUGUUCCAAUCAAGGUGUUGACAUGUGGAGCUCUGUGUAGCCAUAUACUCUGGUAAAGGUAUUGUACUUCAACUCAGUAAGCACUUGUGUCUGCAGGAUAUGUGGUAAGCCACUAGUUCUACAUUGGAAUGCUAUAAACAUUCUGUGUGCCCAAAGAAGAAACAAAGACUGGUAGAACAGCCCACAUUAGGUUUAUUGACCUACUCUACUUUUGUCUUGGCAUUUAUUUUCUAUUUUUAGUGGAAAGACUGAUUGAUAAAUAGUGAGUAUUUUCUGAGCUGGCUGUCAACUGGAGACAUGCUGUGGCUGAUGGCAGAUGGAAGGGGAUGGAGGGACCUCUUUGUGUUGUUCUGAUAGAGUUGGCCAUGAGAUGAGAGGAUGGAGGUAUAGGUAGGAUGGAAGGAACAGGCUGUAAGUAUUUUUAGACUCACUGAUAAGGCAGGGAAAUGCCUACAGUACAUUGAUAGGCAUACUAGCAUUACCACUACAGUGGAGGCAGUGUGCUGCCAUGUUGAACUCUGCUAUGUCUUUGUAUAAAUGGUUACUGUUUCGAUUUUAGGGAGCUUGCUACUGCACCGGCUCUUGUGUGUCAACAUGGUGAACAGUUGCAUGCAGACUGUAGUCAAGUAGUUAGUGUAAGUACACGCCAGAUCUCCGGGAGAGGUUAUCAAUCGUAGAAGUUUUGCUCGCUAUCUCACCAAGACGAUAAGCAACCGCGAGCAACAUAGUCAGUAACAUUAACAUAAAGCAAUUCUCUCCCUUUAAUUGCAUUGUAUUAAACAAAUUAGAUCACUCAUCCAAGUGCGAAGCCGCUUUCUUGUACGAUAUUAAUUACGCAAAAAGGAGCUGUGACAAAAGUUAAGGAUGAUAAAUAACAUCAGAGCUGGUGAUUUUUGUCAGCGGUUGUCUGUUAUUCAUCCUCAUUAGCUGUUCCAUUUAGUCGCCUGGGUUUUAAUGUUGGCAUUAAUAUUAAUGUCUCCCUGCUUUGUGUUGACUGUUGUUCUUAAAGAGAGAUGGCUGAUAAACAGAGUAGCAGACCCCCCAUUCAUCCAGCUCAGAUAAGGCCUUCUGCUCUUACUGCGAUGCUGGAUGUUCUCACUGAGAACAUGGCUACUGGCUUAUCUUCAUCACUGCGUUACUUAGUAAGUUGAUUGCGUCUUGUGUGAGGUGAAAUGCUGACUGGCUGAUACAGGACCUACUUGAUGUCCUUAAACUUGCAACUUGUACAGACAUUGUUCCAUGUGUUCCAUGUGUCCCUCUCCAACGGCUAGAGCAGCGGCGCCUGGAGCUGACAGAAGUGUGUGUGACGCUGAGCGUGGCCUUUGUCAUUUGUCUCACUCUGCCCUUUCUAGAGUCCCCCCCCCCCCCCCCCACACACACCAAAACCUCCCACAGUGUAACCUUACCACUGAGUGUGCCCAGAGCAGCCCAAGACAAGAGUGGGUGUAUGUUUGUGCCUCUGCGUUUACAAAAAUGUGUCUGGCUUUGGGCAGUGCUGACUGUCACUUCCCUGCCUUUUCCCUGUCUCAGACUUCCAGCCAGGCUUGAGAUCAUGGUGUCAGGCAGGGGGAGACAGACACUGGCAAGGAGGAGAGAGGAGAGGAGACAUUUCCACUGCAGACCAGGAACUUUCUCUGCACACCAUCUCCAUCUUCUAUUCUAUUAUUUCCUCACUCCACUGUUUUUCAUUUCUUCACUGCCAUCCAUCGUUUUUUUUUUUGUUCAUGCCUAGGAAGGAGAUGAAAGCCCAGCGCAAUUAGGCUUCUUAUCGUUUUAAUUAAGAAAGCCACUCGUCCAUAUCUCCCUCCUCCUCCGCUUGUCCUCCACAACAGUAAUGAGACUGGGAUGCCAAAUCACAAGUAUUAUUCUGUGUGUCCUGGUAACACACUUGCAAACACCCCCCUCACCAUUUUUAUCAGUUUCGUCUCCAAUCACUAUUCCCACUGGCCCCUCAUUCCAAACAGCCGCUGUUUCUCUCUCCUUGUUUUCCAGGUCCUCAAAGACGUAAGGUCACAACAGCCAUCGUCAAGUGAGCACCAAGUGUCUCAAAGUCAGCUGAAGUGUAUUUGACUGUACUGUGUGUUAGUAAUGUCUGCCUGCUGUGCAGUGUAGACCUCUCUCCCCUCAGACAUCAUUGAGCAGUAAAGGGGUGUGAAGUGAAAAGCAAUGCAUAUAUUCCACUCCACCCCCAUGGCAUCCCACUUAUCUGUAGUCAAGUAAAACAUGUUCUCAUUCUACUUUCUAUUUACAUGAGAACGGGGCUACACGCCUGUGACUAAACUAUUCCUGGCUUUUGGGGUUUUCUUCCUUAAAACUGAAGGGGAAACUGUAAAUAUACUAUUACUGAUGUUAACACCCAUCCAGUUCCUCUGCUACCCCCAUCCUCCUCUCUACCCCCCUCCUCCCCCAUUGCCCCGGUCUAUCAGUGCAGAGCAGUGGUCUGUGAAGAAAUUCCCAAUAUCUAAAUUUACACACUGUAUCAAUCUUGUUUAAUAGACUAGAAAGCUUAUUGCUCCGGUGCGGAGCCGGGAGAGAGGGCAGCGGUGAUAAAUUGCGGCGUCCCUGCGACAGCCACCCGUGAUGUAUAAUGAAAUAUUUAUGAUUUAUCCCGGCUAAUAAACUGAAAUGAAGUGCGUGAUGUAUGGGAACAGAUGGGCCCUCUAUUGAUGCUGUGCUCGGCGGAGGCAGAGAGGAGAGAGAGAGAGAGAGGAGAGGGAGGGAGGGAGGCAAUGGGAGAGGAAGAGACACUGUAGAAAGGAGGGGAGAGAGCGAGAGAGAAAUGGGAGAUAGAGAGGAGGGGAUGGAGUCGCAGGACUGAAAGCGGAGCGUGCUGAAAGAGGCAGGAUGGAUAGAGGGAUGUAGAGGAAAGAUGAAUGUAUUUUGGGAGGUUGAGAUGAUGGAGUGGGUGAGUGAUAGAGGGGAGAUGAGAGACUGUAACUAAACUGCUUUUGAUUUAUGCUUAAGUCUUUAUCUAGUAUUUCCUUACCUUGAUACCAUAUACGAUGGUAAGUGUGUACUAUGUAUAUGAUAAUGUACACUGAUAUGAUCUGAGUCAUAGAAUGUAGAGGUGACUGUAUGGUCUGGUAGAAGUGAGACUGAAUAGAAGGUCAUGUCGUAGUUCUCUUCUCCUGAUGCUGUAUCUCUAAUGAAGGCAGUCAGAGAGAGAGGCUGGGUGACCUUGUGCAUCUGUCACCUGCUGCACCUUCCACUUGUCCUCCACCAGUCACCACCCACCAGCCCUGGGCCAGGCGCCGUCUCCAGCACCCGCUUAACCCCCUCAUACGCAGCCCAAUACACCCCAAUACACCCCCACACCUCUCACAUACCUCAAUACACCCCCACACCUCUCAUACACCUCUCACACACCCCAAUACACCCCCACACCUCUCACACACCCCAAAACACCCCCACACCUCUCACACACCCCAAUUCACCCCCAAACCUCUCACACAGCCUUCAUUUCCCUCUCCCUGCCUCAGCUGGGGACUCUGUAAUGAUCCACCAGAACUCUCGCCUUCUCUCCACACCUCCCCCUCGCCCUCUCUCAGUCCCACACUCAUCCUCCACAAUGACCCACUUCCCCUCCUCAUCAUCCCCCAGCCCCAGCUGAGCCCUCACACUCAAUAACCAGCCCCCACCAACCACCCACACACACACUUCCAACACCCCCACACGCACACACAUAACCUCCUCUUUCCACACGCCACUCCCAAACACACACAACUACAGUUCUCCCCCGUGGUCACACCAGUAGGUGUCUAGCAUGUCUCUUCUGUCUGAGGGCACAGCUCCAGAAUGACAGUCAGUCAGUAUUCCACUCAGCUCCUCUCCUCAGCCUCUCUGAGCCCUGGCUGAUAGGUGUGGCGUUUUUCGCUGAAAGAAAGUGUUACCUAGUGAUGAGGUGUCAGGUGGCCUGGAUGUCAGCCAGCUCCCAGAUAUGGUCCACGGAUGUUUGUGUUUUUUUUAUAUAUUAUAUAGGCUGUUGUUCUUACAGUGCCACUGAGACAGCCCGGCACACCUGAGUCUUGGCGUUGUGCUGCUAAUCAGUGGUGUGCAUGGGGGAGGUAAUUAAGGGGAACAGCUGAGCUGCUCUCUUUCUCUCUUUCCUCUCAGCUAUUUGCCCAAGAGAUAGAGCCAGAGCAGGUUCAAUACUCACUUAUUAGAAAGCAGAGGGGAAAGCAUCAGCAGCCCUGGGUGUGUGUUUUCGUGCAUGUGUGCAGCGUCCAGGAUAUUGCCAUUCACCUGCUGAUUGAUGGAGCUCUCAGUCUCAGCUGUUCUGCUGUGGUCUGGACUGUGCUGGCCAUGUUUACUGUGGUUCCACUGAGUCUCUGACACGCUAAUGAAGCAGGCCUGCUUUGUGGUACUAUGAGCCCACCCUCUCUACCUCCUCCACACACAAGCCUGUGGUCCUCUGUAGCUCAGCUGGUAGAGCACGGCGCUUGUAACGCCAAGGUAGUGGGUUCGAUCCCCGGGACCACCCAUACACAAAAAUGUAUGCACGCACGACUGUAAGUCGCUUUGGAUAAAAGCGUCUGCUAAAUGGCAUAUUAUUAUUAUUAUUAUUAUUAUUAGACACAAUAUGGCAAGUCAUAUGACAACCCGUUGGGAGUAGGGGUUGAAUUAUGGCGUUUGUGCGUUUUUCAGUACAUGGUAGAUGUGCAUACCUUUGAUAGACGAGGACUGUUAAGCAAUUUUUGUUUAGCGUGGGCUUGUUUUGCUGUGUUUCUCCUAUCUAAGCCCAGUCUUCCUGUGUUUGUAUGGUGUCCUGUAGGGGACACAGCGGUCUAUAAGGAUGGGGUGUACUGGAUCAUGGGCCGCACCUCAGUGGACAUCAUAAAGAGUGCAGGAUAUAAGAUCAGUGCUCUGGAGGUGGAGCGACACCUGCUAGCCCAUCCUGACAUCACAGGUAAACACACCCUCCAUUGGCACCUUGGCCUAAAUACUCUGACUUUUGUGUUUACAUUUACAUUUUACAUUUUAGUCAUUUAGCAGACGCUCUUAUCCAGAGCGACUUACAGUUAGUGAGUGCAUACAUUUUUCAUACUGGUUUCCAUGGCUGGCACCAUUAGAUUAGCACCAUUUAGAUUUGUUGGGUUUAAACAACAUUAAUUAUUUUACUAGUUGACAUAUUACAGUAGCUUUCAGGGUGUAUCUUAUUUCAGGGUGUUAUGCUGAUGCCCAUGUGUGGUGACCCUUGACCUCUCAGAUGUGGCUGUGAUUGGAGUUCGGGACGCCACCUGGGGACAGAAGGUGACAGCGGUGGUGCAGCUGAAGAGGGGGCUGAGCAUGACCCUGUCAGAGCUGAAGACUUGGGCCAGGUAACAGGCAACACAAAGGACAUUAUUGUCACACUAGUUUUACAGCGCCAUAAAGCAGCAUUAGUAAAAAAAUAUAGAUACAUAACUCCCAAUACCUGUAGAGGUAUUUAUUUCAAAACCACUCAUUUUACCACGUCCAUUAAGGUGCUUAUAAAUCGUAGAUCUCUUGUAUUACAAACGUGUGCCAGACCGAAUUCUAAUAGAUAUUGGAUGUAUUGGUAUGUCUGCUAGCUAGUUAGCUAUGCUUUGUCAUGCUACUCCAUUCCAUCAGCUAGUUGGUGUUUAGGGUUCUGUGGCUUUACUAUUUGGGAACAUACGAAAACCUUAAAUUGUGUGUUUUUGAAAAUAGAAUGGCGUCCACUGCAUUUAUUGAAUUAGAGGAAGACUUCACUGCUCAGUCCCCCAAGGAGUCAUCCAGACUUGUUUAUAGUAACUGCUGCUGAAGCCACAAAAUCAAUGAGAGAGAGAGGUGAGAGAGAGGUGAGAGAGAGAGAGAGCAAGAACUCAUUUAACUGAAGGGGCCAAGGGCAGAUGUGGACUGAAGAAGGGAGGUUGAGGAAAUUAGGGAUUUUGAUGGAGGACUCUCUGUCUGGCAGGCAAGCCGUUUCGGUCUUGGCUUCUUUUUUUCCCUAAAUGUCACUGUGGUUUGUUUUGCCCCCCAACACUGGCAGAAGACACAUGUCCCUUUCUGUGGAAUGGCUCAGGGCAUGUCUCUCUCCUUCUCUCUCUCCCGCCCUGUGCCACCCCCCCUCUCUCUUUCACUCGCUCUCUGUAUUCUUUCUUUCUGUCUCUCUCCGUCUCUCUCCCUCCAUCUGUCUUUGUCUUUCUCUCUAGCACUCUCUGCCCACCCCGUUUGCGUGUGUGUGCUGUGGGCUCCAUAUGGUGCGGGGGUGUGCAGGCCCUACUGCUGUGCCCUGCUGGUCCUGCAUGGUGGAUUAACAGCGCUGCCUGUCUGCCAAUGACCCUGUCCCCCUCACCCACAGGUGCUGCCUGCGGACGGGCAAGCACAGGGCCAAGGCAGGGCCAGCCAGGGUGAAGGAGAUGAGAGGAGGAACAGAAAGGGAGAGAGAGAGGAGGGGGGACACAAACAAGUGCAUGGAUGCUCACUCCUCAGUGCCCCGGCUUCAGCUGUCACUCUGUAUCUGUGUCAAGCGCUGUGUUCCUCACUAGCUAGUGCAGACACACACAUAUACAUACACACACAACAGGCAGAGCCUCCGAGAGAUGGGUGCGUAGUGUACAGACAUGAACAAGCCCCAUUAGACAGACACACACCCACGUGCACAUAGUUGUCUGACACAGUCAUGCAGUCACAUGUAUAGAGAGAGACAGAACCGUAUGCUGCGAGGGACAGAAGUACGCUAUGCUACAGUAUGAUAUAUUGAUUUACUAUUCUCUGUCUAUCGCCACAACACAGCCAUUAGAUAAUAAAAAAAGCUUCAGGCUUCACGACUCGACAUAACAACCAUGCAUUCAAAAUGGAAAACAUUUAAUUAGCUCAGCCUUCUGUUUUUGCCAUGACUUUUUGUUUUUUAUUUUGUGCUGAUUAUAUUGUUUUGUAUUAACCAAAUAGGAAAUGUCUUGAAGUAGUCUGGGGGAUAAUACUGAGGGAGAGAGGCGCUCUAGUGUGUAUGAAGGACGUUCUCUUAUCUCUCAAACUGACUGCAACACCAGAGGCUCAGCCUUUGUUCCGCUGUAAUUGUUAUUGUGUGUACGCUCAAGUAGUGUCUCAUGGCUUUGUGCCUGUGUGCGUGUGCCUGUGUGUUAAGCAGUAGAAGUGUUAAUAUGUGAAGGCCUUUAUAUGUGUUUCUGUCCUGUGUGUUAAUUGUCCUGUGUUGUGUUUCAGAGAGCACAUGGCUCCGUACACCAUCCCUACAGGCCUGGUCCUUGUGGAGGAGAUGCCCAGGAACCAGAUGGGGAAGGUCAACAAGAAGGACUUACUCAAGCACUUUUUCCCCAGCUAACUAGUAGAGAAGCCUGCACCUCCUUCACGCCCCACCUCCUCCAUGACACCUCCCUCCAGCAGGAGCAGAGACCCUCAUCAUACUACAGUAAACCAUCGAGAUGUACCCCAAGUGACUGACUCACCAGACAGUGGUCUGGGGAAGAAUGAAGAGACCUCAUUGAGGAUCCCACUAACUACACCAUUGACCCCACUCAGCUCUGAGUUAGUGGUAUAAAUACUGUAGGACUGUUCACUGCUGGGCCUGGAGGCACUGAGCUCAGCAGUGCUGUGUCUUACACAUGAUUAAACUGCUGUAGAGAUAUAUUUAGUUUGGCCGCUAUGAUAGAGAACUGAUUUAAUACGAUAACGCUGUGGUGCCUUCUUUAAAGACUGAGUGCUACGAUCAUUAGCAUGACUGGGGAUCAUGACAUGAAUAAUUAUGCAAACACACAAGUACAUUAAGAAACUGUGAAAAUGAUAAGAGCAGCAAGAGAUCCUUGACAUUAUACACAGAAGAAGAAGAGAGGGGAAUACAGUGCAUUCUUAAAUUGUUCAUAAUUACAAUCCAGAUGGAUGCCCUUGAAUUGGCAAUGAAGUUUAUUUUAAUGUAAUAAAAUGGAUGAUGUAUG